AGGGCCCAGAUAUACGCUCAAGAUAUAGGUGGCUAAAUUGGCCUAAUAGUGGAUGUUAACGAUUUGAAAACUGGAUUAUAGAUGAACUUAUCAAGAUUAUAGAAACACAUGUUAAAUACGAUUAAUAAAUGUAAAGCUGUUACAGUUGUUUUGUAAAAAUAGAAAGUGUUUGUACAAAGAUAAAUGGAUCGGCCGAAGUCUAGACCAGACACACUUCAGUUUACAGAAUCUGAGACAGAGCUCCUCGGUGCGGAUCUUGACAUGCCACUUCCUAAGGACUUUGGACGUCUGUUCCCCGGAACUGUUGUAUUUCACCACACAAAAGUGAAAUUUGUCCCAGUGUUAGCACAGAGGUCUUCCGGAGACACGAGAGACCAGGGGUCUCAAGCUGAUACUGAAACACGAAUUCAUGUUUCAACAAACACACAGACAGAGUGUGAAGUCGGUAAUACAAGCAACGAAGACAAUGUAACAGAAGAAGAGUGGCAUGUUGACGAAGAUUCCAGAGAGGAGAUAAUCAGAACAAACCUAGAACAACACCUGAUAUACAUCAGUCAUUGUAUCAAACCAGAUGAUCUGAUUUUACAUCUGCACUGCUUUUCUGAAGAACAAAAGUCAGAUAUUCUCUCGGAGAAAAAUCUCAUAAAGGCAUCAAGAAAGGCCCUAGAAAUGUUAUUACAUGAUGUUGAGGAACCAGGGCGAUUUGUUGAACUAAGGGAUGCUCUUUGUGAAAAUGAUGGUAAUCCAAAGGUUGUGAGUAUCUUGGACGGCAAAUACAGCCCUGAUGAUCAGAACUACGUCAAGGUUGUAGAACUCUUUACACCCGAAAUAAUCGUGCGUCUAGAACCAUCAGUGUUAUUGCCUCAUCUAGUGCAAAAAGACGUUUUCAAACAAAUGGAUGUAGAGGAAAUAACAGCGGAGGAGAAAAAUCAUGGGAAGAUGAGAGCUGCCUGUGUUUUAUUGAUGUACUUACCACGUCGCACUGUGGACUGGUUCAAAUGUUUCUUGCAGGUCUUGGUCAAAUGCAACCUUGAGGAUAUUGCUGAAAUGCUUGAUCCAGAUAUGUUCAAAGAUAUUAAUGAAAACGAUGAAACAAAGAUUUCUGAAAAACUAGACGACGACUCGAUGAAAGCUGGAAAGGAUGAAGUGAUUUAUUCUCGAAAUAACAAGACAAAGAGUCCUGUAGUAGAUGAAGCAUUUGAAAAUAGUGAUGAUGCGGUGAUCUUUUCGGAAUACAGUUACGAACAAUUAGAUUACCUCAGAGGCAACGUUGCCGAAAGAAAGAAAAUAGACAAGACUAUGGCAGACUAUGACGCCGAAAUCGUUUGGCCUGAUAAAAAACGAGGGAAAAAUCAAAUUCUUUUGCGAUCUAUUUCAAAGGAAAAAACGGACGCCACAACAUGGUCAAGAAAAAAGAAAGUCUGGAAACAAAACGUUAUCGUAACAUUAAAAAAGCUAUUUGCAAAGGUUGAUGUGCCUGAAAACAGGUCAAGUCUAAGCAAAAUUAUGUGCGGAACAAACACACCAUGUAAAGGAUUAUAUGGUAAGAGACAAACAACCACCGAAACACAUGAAAGCUCCGGUACGACGAAGUCAGACUCAUGUUUUUCAUAUGCAAACGUUGGAACAGCAUCAGAAACAGAGUUGCGUUGUAUGAGUAGAAACGAUAAAACGGCAUCCAGUGAAGAACCAAAUGCACCAGUACUGGAGUCAAAUAGUGCAAAUAGAAAUGAUGAAACACUAUCAAAUGUACUGAUUCAUGAAUCAGAACCAGAAGUAUACAAUUCAAAGGAAAUGCAAAAAUAUGCAGUUUGUGAAAUGACAUGCGGAAGGCGUAUAUCAGUUAUGAAAGGAUCAUUAGUGGAUCUUAGAGUAGAUGUUAUGGUAAACACUACAAACAAGGCUCUUUCAUUAACAACAGGGCUUGCAGAGACCAUAAGUGAGAAAGGAGGAGAAAAGAUAAGGACAGCGUGUAAAAAGUAUUUUCAAACACAUGGAAGCAUAGAUGAGGGAGAAGCAUUUGUGAGUGAGGCUGGUAGUCUACCUGCUAAACAUGUGGUGCACGUGAAUAGCCCAGUCUGGAGAGAAGGGACAGAAGAUGAGCAUAGAUUACUCAGACAAACAGUCAUGAAAGCACUGAAGCAAGCAUCAGAUAAAAAGGCCGAGACAAUUGCAUUACCAGCAAUCAGUUGUGGAAUUUCUGGAUUCACAUCGAAGACGGCGACAGCCCUGAUAGUGCGUGCAGUGAGAAACUUCUUUCGGGAGGACCAAUCGAGUAGUUUGAAGCAUGUAUACCUUGUAGACAUUACCCGACAGACUGCCAAAAGGUUUCAAGAAGCUUUGUGUCGUGAAUUCAAAGAUGACACGAAAUGUGUUGUAGAGGUGGUGAAAGAAUCUUUAUAA